CCGGUCGGACCCGGAAGUUGCCUCGGCUUGUUGACAUUCUUCGAGGGAGCUGGGUACCUGGCGAGCGGAAAAACGCGAGCAGCUUUUCCAAAAAAAAAAAAAAAAUGACGGCCGACGGUUGAUUGGGUUUGCGUAUUUCUCAUAGUUGUCAGCCGCGUAUCUCCCUCGGUCGUCGCUCGGACCAUGGCCCCGGCGCGCUGCUGCUGGCGCCGUCUCUGGGUGACGCUGCCGCUCCUCCUGCUGCGGUGGCAGGGGCUGCCGGUGGCGGCGGAGCGGGUCGCUGUGGUGGAGGUUGUCCUCGAGCAGCAGCCCGGUGUCAGCGCUCUGCUCCAGGGGGACGUGGUGGAGUCCGGCGGGGGCAGCAGGAGCUCCGAGGACCGGGAAGAGCUCGAGGGAGAGCUGGUCCUGGUUCGAGAUGAGGCGACGCAGGCCACAGAGCAGGAGCCGUGGAUCGGGGUGGUGCCCGUGGAGAUGGACGACAGCAAAGCCUCCUCCACGGGGAACCAGGAGUCCUUCGCCGACGCCGUGGUCAACAAAAUGAAGCGAGCCUUGGUCCUCGGAGCCUCAGCGCUGAUCAUCCUGGCCCUCAAUCAGAACACCGUCAGCGAGAUGGACCUGUCCCAGGUGCUGCUGUCCAAGCCCAUCGUCGUGAUCCAGACGUCUGAAAAUGUCACUAAGCUGAUUGGAGCUCUGCUCAGGGGCCUUCAGGCGACAGCGAAAGUCACGUACAGGACGGUCCUGCAGGACAACCUGGGAGCCACGCUCACGCUGUGGUCCAGCUGUGGCCGGUCCAGAGGCGGGCGCUACGGAGAGUGGCAGGGGGUCAUCUGCACGGGAGAGACCAACUCUCAGGUCCAGAAGUAUCUGCAGCAGUUGUGGGACACCGUCCUCCUGGUGGCUCUGAUCCUCAGCACCGGGGUCAUCGUCCAGGCUCGCUGGCAGUACCAGGACCACCAGUUGAACGACAACUUGGAGCUCCUUCCCAAACAGGACGUUCUGAAGAGAAUGUCGUCUCUGAAGACCAAAACGUACCGUCAGCCCAAACCCUGGUGCGACCCGUCCCAGCCGGUGGAGACGGACAACUGCGCCGUCUGUCUGGAGCCGUUCAACAACAACCAGUGUCUGCGCGUGCUGCCCUGUCUUCACGAGUACCACAGAGACUGUGUGGACCCCUGGCUGCUUCUGCAACACACCUGUCCUCUGUGCAAACGCAGCAUCCUCACGUCUGCAGAGACAGUUAACGGCCGCCUCGCCUGCACCUCCGUCACAGCAGCAGCUCUGGGAUCCAACUCUCGUCCUCACUGACACUCCAGUAGCCGGA